AUGAUAAACGCAGCAAUGCAGCGAGUAUGUUUUGUUGGGUUACAAUUCAAUUUCAACACAAAUUUAUUAAAAGUCGCGGUUAGGACCUCGCCUAUAAGAAAUGGAUCAUUUAAAACAAUUCUAUCUAAUUUCCAAGUGAAUAGAAGAGGUUUUCAUAGUUCUCUAUCGUUUAGUAGGCCAGAGUUAGAAUUAAAAACUAAAAAUAUAAAAACUUCACCAUCUGAAACAUCUCAAGAUGAUUCCUUCCUGAAAUCCUUAGCACAAGGGUUGUAUUCCCAUACUCAUAGUCAUCAAACCGUUAAUAUACUGCCACAUAGCCAUGAACACUCUCAUGGCCAUUCUCAUAGUCAUUCUCACGCCAAUCCAAUGUUAGUUCUGGAUGCAGAAGAGAUAAGAAAAAAUGCAGGUGUGAGGGUCACAUGGAUAGGUUUAGGGAUUAAUGUUGCCAUAGCGAUUGGUAAAUUUAUUGGUGGUAUAGUUUUCCACUCGCAAGCAUUAUUUGCUGAUUCAAUUCAUGCACUAAGUGAUAUGAUAUCAGAUUUUUUAACAUUAUUUUCGGUUCGUUUAGCUGCCAAUAAACCUACAAUAGAUUAUCCAUUCGGUUAUGGCAAGAUUGAAACAGUAGGUUCACUGGCUGUAUCUACAAUUUUAUUGACUGCAGGUAUUUCUAUUGGUUGGUCUUCUUUAUGUACAAUUGUAGGGCCCAUAAUACCACAUACAAUUCUGGAGACAUUAGCAAUAUUUGGGUCAGAGUCACAAAGCAUGGUACAUUCGACAGCAUCAGAUACAACAACGCAAGAAGUCACCAAUAUUAAUGCUGCGUGGAUCGCAGCAUUAUCUAUUGUUGCUAAAGAAUGGAUAUUUAGAGCUACAAAGAAAGUAGCUAUUGAGACCAAAUCCAAUGUUCUCAUGGCUAAUGCAUGGCAUCAUAGGGUGGAUUCGUUAACUUCCUUGGUCGCUUUGGUAACCAUUUCCUCUGGUUAUUUGUUUAAUAUUCAAUCAUUAGACACCAUUGGUGGUCUCAUUGUUUCUGGUUUAGUAGUGAAAGCCGGUGCAGAAGGUAUGAAUACAUCAAUUAGAGAGUUAAUUGAUCAAUCCUUGGAAAAGGACGAUGAAAUAUAUGAGGAAAUAGAACAUAGUUUGAAUAAUUCGUUGCAUAAACUUACCCAUACUAUAAAUUCAUCACCAUUAAAAUUAGAAGAAUUAAUAGUUUUGGCAUCAGGACCAAAUUUGAUGGCACAUGCAAAAAUUUUAGUUCCUUCUGAACAUUCUCAUAUUUUCACCAUCAGCGAAUUAUCAAGAGUAUCAAGUCACAUACGAUCAGCAUUAGAAAAGAAUGUUGAUAAUUUCAAAGAAAUUAAGAUAGAAUAUGUUGAAGAAAAUAACAAUCGUAAACCUCAGUUUACGCAAUAUAAAGUAAAUCCAACCUUGCCGGAGCACAGCGCAACACAUUCCCAUAGUCAUUCUACGUCUACUCAUCAUUCGCACACUCAUUAG